CUCACUAGGUUUGAGCCCUGCCGGCCUCUGUAGCCGAGAGGUGUCCUGCUGUCCUGGCUUCCUACUCGGCGCUCCCACGCCUACCAACCUGGGCUUUUUCCUUCUACGUCAGCCGCGGGGUCCUGGAGAUGGCAGCUCAGAAGAUAAAUGAGGGGCUGGAGCACAUCGCCAAAGCCGAGAAAUACCUGAAAACUGGUUUAUUAAAGUGGAAGCCAGAUUAUGACAGUGCUGCUUCUGAAUAUGGAAAAGCAGCUCUUGCUUUUAAGAAUGCCAAACAGUUUGACCAAGCAAAAGAUGCCUGCCUGAGAGAAGCUGUGGCCCAUGAGAAUAACAGGGCUCUUUUCCAUGCUGCCAAAGCUUAUGAGCAAGCUGGCAUGAUGUUGAAGGAGAUGCAGCAACUGCCACAGGCUGUCCAGCUGAUUGAAAAAGCCAGCAUGAUGUAUCUGGAGAAUGGCACCCCCGACACAGCAGCCAUGGCCUUGGAGCGAGCCGGAAAGCUUAUAGAAAAUGUAAAUCCAGAAAAGGCUGUACAGUUAUACCAACAGACAGCUAAUGUGUUUGAAAAUGAGGAACGUUUACGACAGGCAGUUGAAUUACUAGGAAAAGCCUCCAGACUGCUAGUACGAGGACGCAGGUUUGAUGAGGCGGCACUCUCUAUUCAGAAAGAAAAAAAUAUUUAUAAGGAAAUUGAGAAUUACCCAACUUGUUAUAAGAAAACAAUUGCUCAAGUCUUAGUUCACCUUCACAGAAAUGACUACGUGGCUGCGGAAAGAUGUGUCAGGGAGAGCUACAGCAUUCCAGGGUUCAAUGGGAGUGAAGACUGUGCUGCCCUGGAACAGCUGCUUGAGGGCUAUGACCAGCAAGACCAAGAUCAAGUGUCAGAGGUCUGCAACUCGCCCCUCUUCAAGUACAUGGACAAUGAUUACGCUAAGCUGGGCCUGACUUUGGUGGUCCCAGGAGGAGGAAUCAAGAAGAAAGCCGCAGCAACACCGGAGGCCAAGCCUGAAGGCACCACUGCCCCCGCUGCCGAGGAGGAAGAUGAAUAUGCGGGAGGGCUGUGCUAGGCUUCGCCGAAGGGAAACAUCCUCCUACGCCUUCAUGGACUUGGAACUUGUCUAAGGGUACCCACAUUUCAUUGCAGUCAUGGCUUUGAGUGCUAAUAAAGGUGAAUUUUGUUUACCACUUCCUCAAAUCACC